ACGGCCACCCGACCCAGCACACGCACGCCUGUCAGCCCGACUCGACGGCUGCGUUGCGAGAACGACGACGUUCAUGGAGGACGGCGGGCGGCGAGCACGCGCGCCGAACAAUAGGCGCGUGCCCAUUGUGUACGGCUGUUAGGCUGCGCCCCCGCGCGUAGGUGCAAUAAACUCGUCCUCGACGCUCAUGUCGCCCCCGCCGCGAAACCCUUCCCCCGAGCGCUCGGGCAUAUUCUCCAGCGUCUUUGACUUUGUCUCGCGCGAAUUCGAGUGCUUUGUCGCGAAUGCCACAGGGCGGACCGAUGAGCAGCCAUCUGCUGCGCCCCCGCAGCACAAGACGCAUAACAAGCUGAGGAAGGAGCCGGGGAGGUACAAGAAGACGCGACACGACUCCCCGAACGCCCGCAAUGCGGCGAAGAAGGUCGAGAGAGCGAAACAGGCCGCGCGCGAACGCGACCGCGCAAAUGCGGGGGAAGCGGCGAGGAAACGCGCCGAGACGCGUCCACAUGAGGGGGAACAGGAUCAACCAGCUACAUCCAUGCCGCCCCCACCUGUCCCAGCCGCCUCAUCUUCACGACCCACCAUGCCGGGCUCCCUGUUCCCUCGGUCGCCAUCGAUGAUGCCAGAAACUCCGCGACCUAUUCUUCAAUUCACCCCCGCGACACCUAUACGAGAGACCGCUGAAGAAGACCCACCCACACCGACGCGCUCAUCCCCCAAACGCGCACGUGCGAACAACGGCUCAUCGCACUCGGCUGACGCGCCCCCCACGAGGCCCAUACGCGAGACCAGGAUUGAGGUAAACUCAUUCCCACCGACGCACCUAUCUCCCAGACGCGCGCACGCAAACAGCAGCGGGUCGCACCGCCCACAAGCAGACGACAACAUCAUCGUCAUCUCGGACGAGGAAGAACAAGACGGCGACGGCUACCCUCCCCGCAUCCCCUCCUCCGCCAAGGGCAAGGGCCGGGCGGACGAAGCCGACACCACGAUCGCGCGGCACGAACGCGUGCUACGGAUGGAGCGCGAACUCACCGUGGUCAAGCAAGAGCAAGAUGAGAACGAGCUGCGCUGGGCACGCGAGCCGACAAUUGGGCCUGAUGCAGAACGUGAUCGCCAGCGGGAUAAGGAGCGCAUACGAAUUUUGGAGGAAGAGAUACAGCGGUUGAAGGAGGAGCUCUCCCGCCGCCCGGUCAUUACUCACUCGAUGGGUCCCCCACCACCCCCUCCGCCCCCGCCUCCUCCACCCACCAUGACCAUCCGCGCCCCCACCACCCAGUCCGACCAAUUACUCUCCAACCUACGCGCUGGACUAAAGCACAUGCCCCCUCCCACCGAGAAACCCAUAAAUCGCGGUGCCGCAGCGCGCCCCGCAGUCGGGCUUCCCGCAGACAAGAUGGCAGCAUUUUUGCAGGAGAUGAAGAGCGUAAGGCUGCGGAAGGUGCCGUCGGGGAAGGAGCUUAACCAGUCGGCCAAUGGGGGUGGCGUAGUAUUGGCAGGGAGUUUUACCCAAUCGGUGGGCCCCGGCGUGCCGAGCUCGAGUGGACAACAGGGCAUCGACCGCGGUGCGACUCGGCCGUCGGAGAUCGCGGCGAGCUUGGUCAAGUCGCUGAGGCGGACGGGGUCAAAUCUGUCGGUUAAUCGCGAAGGACUGACGAGGAGUCGCAAUGGAUCGAAUGCAUCGUUGACGGACGCAUCGUCGCGCGAGCACAACGUACCGUCGAGGUCGUCGAGGGACGGUGGCUCUGCUUCGGGGGCGCAGACGGCCUCCUCGAGUGGUCAAACUGCGACGUCGAGGGACCACACGGUAUCUUCGCGAGAUCAGACGUCGGCCUCUGGAGAGCACUCAUCCUCUGGCGAAGAACGAGGACGCGGCGGACCCCGCCGUCAAACAAUUGCAGUCGCGCCCGAGCUCGCGCAAGUGGGUAACAAGCGCAGGCGGGAGGCGAAUGACGGAGGGAGCGUGUGGGAUAAUAUUCGCGCAGCAGCCAAACGGCGUACCCUGGCUCUCGCAUCUGGCGAGUCGAGCUUCGCGUCGACGAUCAGCUGGCGGAGUCGGGAGUCGAUCGACAUGGGGCGGCGUAAUUCGCUGGAGGGGCGGCACAACUCGCUCGACACGUCGAGUGCUGCUGCUCCUUCGAGGACGGCCUCUGCGACUUCGUCGUCGGGGACGUCGAAUACCUCGAUGGCGUCUGCGAAUACAUCCACGGGGUCUGCGAAUGCGUCGAUGCGGUCCGCCAACAUGUCCACGCGGUAUGCUAAUGCGUCGACCGUGCAUGCGAACGGGCCAAUGCGGACUUCCUUCUCUGCUAGCUCCUCUCGUCUGCAUAACGCAGCAUCGGGCUCACGCCCCAACGAUGCGCCUGCGGCGUCUAACUCCCGCUUCAACACCGCGACAUCCAGCUCUCGAACCGACGAUACAUCCUCCAGAUCUCGCUAUACCGAUGCGGCCUCGACCUCCCAUGUUCCCCGUCAGUCAACCUAUCUCGACGCGCCUGUACCACCGCAAUCAUCCUCUGUCAACCCCACGCCCUCACUUUGCUCAGACAACAGUGGUGAGCGUGAGGAGGAGCGCCUUCCGUCGACACCACCAUUCCCGCCCGCCGAUACGCGACCAAGGAUACGAGUGCCGCCGCGCGACGGCGAAACCUAUGAAAGUCAGGCCACAGGCUACCCGACACGGGUCUCUGUCUACCAGAAUCAAGGCGCGUCAAGCAGCACGGGCAUGCGGGACGAGCAGAUGGAUGUCGACAUGGAAAGGGUAUCCAUGCGAUCCAAGACGCCGCCGCGCAGACCUCCGACCCCGCCACCGCCAUCAUCGCUGGGAAAGCGGGUGCCCCAGUCCCCUUUGCCUGCGCGGGAGCUCUCGCUUUCGCGGCCGAGGGCACCAGGGAGAAUGGGCAGAACGCCCAGUGGGGAAAGUAAUGGAGGCCGCGAGCCACCUCCACCUGCACCCCGGUUCUCCACCAAUGGUCCUCAGCGCGUACCUGUGCGACGGGUGCCGGCCAUCCCUCCACCUCGAGUGCCCAUCUCGGAGUCGUCCGAUGACGAGUUGUCCUUCAACCCGUUCUCGACACAGCAGGGGCGGGAUAUGUCGUCGCAGAACCUGAUGGACAUGACUUUGGGUGACCUGCGUACGACGCGCGAGCUAGACAUGACGAUGGACGCGAGCCCAUCUCCGCGGGGGAUGCCUACGCCGAAGCCUCGGGCGCGCGAGGUCAAGGCGCAGCGCGUGCCCAAGUCUGCGCAGGGACAGGCUUCGACCUCCCGCGCGCCUCAGGCAUCGGCGAAUUCGUUCCACGAAUCGGGAAACUCAACGUUCCGCCUCACUGCGCCAUCCCGCCAGCUUGCGCCCUCUCGGCAGGCUGCGCCUACUCAGCAAGCCAUAUCAUCUCGUUCGCCCUCCAGGCCCAGGAUACGAGUUCCUCCGCCGCUUUCUCUACGGCGUCCGCAGACUCCUGAGGUUGAUCAAGAUCCUGAUGAGUCGCUUGCCGCGGAGCUGCGUCGCGCAUCGUCCGACGACGAUCCACUCGAGAGCGGUGUCCUCACGGGUUUCGGGCAGCGGAGCAAGCGUCGCGGUUUCCAGGCGCACGGCGGCGCUGGAGGAACGCCCGUCUUCAUGGGCGUGGGUUACGUCCAGGGCGCGGUGGAUAGUGACGAGGAAGACCAAGAGGAAGUCGAAGUCGCUGUACCUUUGGCGGACGACGACGAUGAGGACGAGUACCAACCAGAUGAGGAGGACGAGGACAUCGAGGAGUGGGAGGCGGAGGAAGCGAGGAAGAAAUGGGGCGUGAGAGGGGCCCGGCCGCCGACGCCUCCGAAGCAAAAGGCUCGGGGGCGUGCGAGAAAGUAGAGAGGGGCCAUCAACGUCUUCCUUAUGACUGAACACAUCUAAUACGCCCGCUUGUAUAUAUGUACGUGGCUGUCUGUCCAGCUUUCUCGAUGCUAUCUAGGCUUUCUUGUUUGCUGUGUCAGCUUCUUGGCUGUUGUAUUUUGAAUGCACUCGUCUUGCUUUCUG